AUGGCGCUUAAUCUUCUGGAGAUAUUGAUCAUUCUCACUUUACUACCAUUUUCCGGCCUUGGGAAAAAUGUUGCACCUCCCGUGGUCAAACGAAGACAUGCCCACCCCGUUCCACAAAACCUCCAUCCCAACAAAGCGCCGUCCAUCAAAGUGACAGGGCAGGCCAGUCACGGUCAAAAACAGACCGAUUCGAAACCCGAAGAGGCUGCACCCGUGCCUUAUAUCCCUCAGGACCAUGUGUUUUACGACAGCUAUCAAGCCAAUUUCUCGUGGUCAGACCCAGCACUUCAAGCGGCAUUGGGAAUCCGCCCGAUACCAUCUCAAAUGAACACGCGCGACGGCAACAUCUUUAAGCGCUCGCCCGGCAGCACACCAGAUGAUCCGAUAUUCAAAUUGCCGAGUUGCUUGGGAUGUUAUGAAGCAUCACAAGGCAGAACCGUUACUCUAGCAGACUUAACCACGGAAUAUCUGGAGCAGCAGAUUCUCUUGCCUGAUUCUCUUCUCCAAGACAGAUGUGUGUUUUACACAUCAGUGCCAGAUCCAAGAAAAGAUCCGUUGAGUACAGCAGACAGGGCCGAGUUUUUCAACCGCGUGGCACUCGGCGGCGAGGAUAGACACCACGGUCUAUCGUUAAUAGCGACCAAGUGGGCUUGUUCCAAUAACAAAGUGACUAUCUGGAACAUGUACUCCGGUGAGAACGAUGUCUCUGGUGGCAGAGAUAUCCCUAGCAAGCGAAACUAUUGGGAAGUCCAUGUGAAAGGAAGUUGGCUCAAUUUCCUCGACGGAACUGACGCAAGAUUUACUUACUUCGAGAACAUGUCGAGGGCUAUGGCACGUCAUUGUGGCGGUACAAUAUAUGUCAUGUCCAUGCGUCCUAUGCAGUUAUACAAAUAUAAGUUUAUCUGGGGGAAUGUAGAGUAUCCGCAGUUGUUAGCUAGAUACUCAGCUGGAAAAGGCGGUGCUCCGACAAAACUCAUCUCUAUCGAUGCGGCUAACCCAUACCUUCAAUACGUUUUGGACUGGACCACACAAAAGCCACUCGACCCGUUGCCACCUAGAGAUCCCGAUUUCUUGGAAGUUAGCGAGUCAAUGCUUCAGGCAAGAGAUACUUGCACCGACAAUGUUGAGUAUGAAGAGCCGGGUGAAGAUUGGUUUGGAUGAGAGUAUAAUUGUACGACAUUCACUCGGUUAUCUUGCUGACAGUGGAAGAUGGCUUAGUAAUAGACGGAGGGUCGAGACUUCAAUGGAAUUUCA